CAUUGCGCUACCACUGCUGUCAAAUCCACGAAGCAAAGAGUAAAGUACCUAAUAUAGAGGGAAGCCACGAAGAAAGACAGCAUCAGCAUUGACACCAUGUUUCUCUGCUGAAGAGAAAAAAAAAAGGAUACAGAAAGUAAAUAGGUACUAUUAGACACAUUUGAGAGAGAUUGCAUUAAUUGAUUCAACGGCACAGUUCAACGGAACGUAACCCUUCGAAUAUAAUAGGAAGGUCGUUUUUAAUUAACAGAAGAUACAUACUACUGAUCUAAAGAUGAAACGUGGAGCACUAAUAGUUAUUGAGGGGGUGGAUAGGACAGGAAAGUCGACUCAAGCCAGAACGCUUGUUGAGAAUUUGAAAAACAAGAACAUCCAUGCUGAGUACACUAAUUUCCCGGCCAGGAACACAGAUGUUGGGAAAAUUAUAAACAAUUACUUGCAAAUGAAGAAUGAUUUAUCAGAUGAAGUAAUCCACUUGUUGUUCUCAGCAAAUAGAUGGGAAAGAGCUAAGAAUAUAAUUAAGAAAUUAGAAGCUGGCACCACAAUCAUUGUAGAUAGAUAUUGCUACUCUGGGGUUGCAUUCUCGGCUGCUAAAGGUUUAGAUUUCAAUUGGUGCAAGUCUCCUGAUGUAGGUCUCCCGAAACCGGAUAAGGUAUUCUUCCUUACAAUGCCUGUUGACUCUAUCAAACAAAGAAAUGGCUUUGGGAAUGAAAGGUAUGAGGUACUGAACUUCCAAAAGAAAGUAUCUGAAACCUAUCAGAAGUUAAAAGAAGACAACUGGGAAGUUUUAGAUGCUAACAGGUCUAUUGAGUCCAUCCAAGAAGAUUUGUUGCAGCAAUCACUGAACAUUAUCAAUGAUGUGCCAGAGAAGCCUAUAGGCAAGCUUUGGAAAAAGGAAUGACAUCCAAAGUACUUACUUAAUAACAAAUGUUCAAAGUAAGGCCGUAUACAGAAAGAAAGCUGGAAGAAGCUGGAAACUUAUAAGCGCUUAUCGGCGCUUGACAGCGCUGGUAACCCGCGCACGAAAAUAUAUGAACACGCGCCGAUAAGCGCUUAUAAGUUUCAGCUUCUUUCAGCUUUCUUUCUGUAUACGGCCAAAAUAAUUGUAGAAGUUCCUUCAAAAUUGGGUUAGAAAAUAAUGUUUAAAAAUAAGUUGUAACUUUUAGGCUUUAUUAGGAAAAUAGUAGGUUCAAAUAAUUUGUGCUGCUAAGCAGCUGUACUAAGCCUCUGUUGUAUGUUUACUAGCUGUAAAAUAAUUAUGUAAAAAUAUUUUUUGAAAAGUUUGUAGUGUCUUAGAUGAUGUUGAAAGUCAAUUAUUUUUAUAAAUCUUAUUAAUAUGUGGAGCUCAUGCCUCCAUUAUAAUAAAUUCGAAUGGCUUAAAAUAUUAAUAUGGGUACUACUAUUGUGGAACUCAUGUCUCGAUUAUAAUUCGAAUAGUUUAACAGCCUUACUUAUAAACGUGAAUUAAAUAUAAGUAAUACUUAAGGGCUGUUUAAGAAAAUUCUUACUUAUAAACGUAGCUUAAGCAUGUCUUAACUAACAUUUAAUCACUACUUAAGACAUAGUAGUGACUAGUUAAAAUGUUGCUUAGUAGGUGAUUAGAGAUUUUAUAAGUAAGGGGGUAAGUCUUCACUUAUAACUCUGGCAGUGAGCUUCUACUUUAGAAUUAUCUUUUAAAAAAUAUUUUCUUACCUUUAUGCAUUAAAAAAAAAUAAGUAUAGCUAUUGGUAUUCAGAAUAGCUUAGUCGUAGUUGAGAUCUGAAAUAGCCCUAACAUUAUGUAAAUAGACUGGAAUACAACCUACAAUAUUGCAUUUUACCAUAACUAGUUGUAGUAGAAACACUCGAAGUUACAAUAGCAUUUAAGUCUUGCCUCAUAUUAUACUAAUUAAAAAAUAAUGAUUUAUUAGCGAAUUGUUAUUUAUAAGUAAGCACAAUUAAGUAUUUUUGGCCUGUGCAUAAUAGACAUUAAUUUCAAUAAAGAAUUUAAAUUUUUA